AUGGGUGAAGGGCACGCGACCAAACUCAUCCUUGUUCUCUGCCGGUGCGGCGGCGCCUGCGUAUGGAACGUCCUGCGCCAAGGCCAGCGAUGCUUGCAGCUGCACAAUGCGUUUUCCCAAGAAGGCCAAUCGAUCGUUGAAUCCGCGGCGCCCUUGGUCGAAACUCUUAUGUGUCACUGCCAACCACUUGGUCUCAUCGGAGAGAAGUUUGUCGCCGCCAUUGCCGAACAAGCGGAUGUAGAAUCGGUCGAGCAGUUGCGGGUCUGCAUUGACGUGGAAGGUCGGGCGCUUGGAGUCAAGGUGCAGACUGAACGGGGCUUUUGCCGCCGCGGGAGUGUAGGACCAUCGGGGCUUUUCUUGUUGACUGGACUCCUCCGGGGUAGAGGUCGCAAAGGUGCGGGAUGGGAUGACUCCCGCAAUUGGGCGAGCGGCAAAUUUGGAUGCAGCGCAGGCGGUCCUGGCCGCUCGAGAAGAAAGAUUCAAAGCCAUGGGGUCGGUGGUCUGCGUGUCAACUCGGAGUUGAUCGAACGGAAGGCAAAGAAUUCGGCUUGGGCGGUGUGA